AUGUAUAUCUGGGCCGUAUAUACAUCGCUAGUAAUACUAGCAGUUGCUACGCCUUUGCUUGUGAUACCGGCCAAAUUUCAGAACUCUUCUGUCAGAGCUACCAAAGUAGUGCUAUGUAUCUGUUUCGUGAUAUCGGCAAUGAUAGCUCUUACCCCUGAAGCCGCUGUAAACGGAGCCCCAAUGCAUAAGUACGGCCAGGCCAGUAUCGCCUUUUUAGGUUGCAACUACCAGAUCUCUCUAACAACGACAUUCUGCCCUGAGGGCAUCGUUAGUCAGGAAUGCUACUGCAAGAACUCCAAUGCUUUAGCGACUAUUUCCCAUUGCUACAAGUAUGGACAUCCACAAGAAAUAAACUCUUUCUUGGGAAUGUGCCAGCUGAUGUUCAACAUAAGUCUCACAGAAAGCGAGUUUGAGGAGGCCCAUGACAAUUACUUGAGGUCAGCCAAAAACAUAAGUGAAAUUGUGGACUACUCACCUUCCAAGCUAGUAGAUUUCCCCGUGAGAUUAAUAGACUCUGAGAUCGUUUUGUUCAGAUCAGCUUAUCAGAACUUCCUCGGAAACUACGAUGUUUCGGUUGAUUACGGCGCAUAUGUGGUACUCUACUGGAUAGUGGUAUUCACCAUUGCAGCCAUCGGAAACUGGUCAAAAGUAAUCUUUCCAGAUCUAUACAGAAACUUUCUCACUGGACCUUUUUCAAAUUGGUUCAGAAGAACCAUUUCGCUUCCAGCAACAAGAGGAAAGUACAAGACAAACGAAAAGAAGUUUCUUGUCGUGCUUGACAUGCUUGUGCCAACACGAGCCGAAACUAUAAUUCUCAUCACUUUCGGCAGCAUGUGCACUUACCUUCUUGUGUAUAAUAUCAACUACGUGGAGGGUGAUCCUCUUUUUCACGAGAAGAAGUAUGCCAUCCUUAGAUAUGUGGCUGUACGUGCCAGCAUUUUGACAAGUCUGUUGAUGCCUCUUCUAAUUUUGUUUGGUGGUAGAAACAACUUCUUGCAAUGGUACACUAGAUGGGACUACUCGACGUUUAUUACUCUUCACAGAUGGCUCUCCCGGAUAGUCUUCGUCAUGGUGAUGAUCCACGUUCUUUUCUACACCAAAUUGAUUAAAGAACGUAACCCGGACAGAAUAAACGAGCCAUACAUCAGAUGGGGUGCCUUAGCGACAUGGUCUGGCAUUCUCAUUAUGAUACAGGGUUUGUUAGUGCUUAGAAGGAAAUGGUACGAAGUAUUCCUUUUGGUUCAUAUAAUAUUGGCUGCCGUAUUCAUUUUUGGUGCGUGGCUUCAUGUCAAAGAUUUAUACUGUGUUUGGUUCUACUACUACACUUCCAUGCUAUGGCUCUUUGACAGAAUAGUACGUGUUGGAAGACUCUUCUCGUUUGGCUUCCCAGAAGCACAGGUGCAACUAAUAGCCAACGAGACUUUGAAAGUAAUUGUUCCAAAGCCUGACCAUUGGGAGGCUGUUCCAGGAGGGCAUGUCUUUAUUCAUUUUCUCAGGUUUAGUUGCUUCUGGCAGUCUCACCCAUUCACGUAUACUAUAGAUUUGGAUGACCCGGCCAAUAUAGUCUUGUUCGUAAAAGUCAAGCAAGGUGUGACUUCCAGCUUGUACGAAUAUCUUAAGAGCCAUCCAGGAAAACUGACUUCCAUUAGAGUUGCAAUUGAAGGCUCAUAUGGCGAGAAGACUCCAGCUAGUAGGUACGAUAGUGCCAUUUUUGUGGCUGGAGGUAAUGGAAUACCAGGAAUUUAUGCCGAAGUGUACGAGUUGGCCAAGAGAAGCAACUUCACUAAGCAAAACUUAAAAUUAACUUGGGUUAUAAGGGAGUAUAGAUCUUUGCUUUGGUUUUAUGAUGAAUUGGUCUCAUUGAAGGGAACUAAUAUCGAUACUACCAUCUGCGUUACCAAACCGAACUCUCAUGGCUACCUAGAAGAAUAUGAUGGCCCUCUUUUGUCUUCAAAUACAACAAGAUACAAUACUUUUGAAUCAAGAAACUUGACUGAGAUGGGCAGCAUGAGACCAGAAAUUAUCUCGGCAAUCAAGACUGAUCUUUCCCACAUUCAAUUCAGGGAAGGAAGACCCCACAUUGAUACCCUCGUCAAGCAGGCAACCAAAGAGUCUCCAGGUUCUGCAUGUUUUGUGACCUGUGGGCAUCCGGUAAUGGUAGACGAAUUACGGUCUGCCGUUGUAGAAAAUAUUAAUAAUUCCGAUAGAAAGAGGGUAGACUACUUUGAGCAAUUACAGGUAUGGGCAUAG